AUGGAUGCUAAAUUCAAAGUGUUCGACGAGAUUGAAAUCACCUACAAGACAAUUAGGGACACGCCUUUGACGACAAGUAUCCUCAUACCUAAGAAUGUCAAAGGCCAAAGGUGCCCCGUCUUGGUGCAUUUCCAUGGUGGUGGGCUCAUGGUUGGCGACAAAAUGUUUGCCCCUUGGUUUCCCUUAUGGCUUGCGCAGUUUGCCGAAUCUCACGGAGCUAUAAUCGUCACUCCAAAUUAUCGACUGAUCCCCGAGGCUAAAGCCGUUGAUAUUCUUGAUGACGUUAAGGAUUUCUGGGAUUGGCUCCAUCUCUCGUUGCCUAAUGAAGUGGAAAAGUUCCGCAAGGACCUAUCUCCGCAGCUUUCCAAGAUCGCUGUCGCCGGUGAAAGUGCUGGUGGCUAUUUAUCGUUGCAAUCCGCAUUCCUUUUCCCGGAGGCUCAUAUCAGUGUCGUUUUGGCUCAGUACGGAACGCUCGAUAUUGACAGUCCGUUCUACAAUCCCCAACCCACCGGUCCUCUCCAAGGCAGUUCGGUUGUCAACAAUUAUCUGGCGAAUUUAAAACCCGGUUCUAUAAGGGUGUCUUCCCCUAUGCCUGACAGGUGGGAUCUUUGCGAAGCUAUUCUUGCGGAGGGCAGACACCGCGAGUUAAUAGGAAAUGAAGAUAAGGUUCGCCUCAUGAAGACCCUUGAACAGGCUCAAACCCCACCAGCCAUGUGGCUGGCCCAGGGUACCGAUGAUCCAAUUAUGCCGUUGGAGACGGCGAUGAACUUUGUGGAACAGAUGAAGAAAUCUCAUCCAAGUACGCCGUUGCACGUUUCUAUUCAGCCCGGCUCACAUGGGUUUGAUUGCAUGACCACAUUCCAUGAAGAUUGGGUCAAGGAAGGCUGCAAAUUUGUUGAAAAGUAUUGGCCAUAG